AUCAUUCCAGUUUGGCAACUUCACCCAUGCGGUUGUUUUAAUCAACUGGCCCCACAGUCCCCAAAUCACUCCUGGAAUACAGCAGUGGAGGCGACCAGGGUGCUAAGGGGAGAGGGAUGCCGGACAUGCAGGACCAAGGCCUGCCCUGCAUUUAGGUCUCUGCCGGUCUGUGUUGCCCAGGGGCCUCUGACCUGCUGGCCAGCCAGGGCCCGAUCCAAGGAGGCCCACCUUCUGACGGGCCGCCGACCUCAGCUCCAGCCCGUGGAAAAAUCUGGAAGAUCGCAGAGCCAGCAUGGAUCCUGACAGCAAUCAACCCCUGAACAGCCUUGACGUCACCCCCCUGCGCAAACCUCGCACUCCCCUGGAAACCUUCAAAAAGGUGGGCAUCCCCAUCAUCGCAGCACUGCUGAGCCUGGCGACCAUCAUCAUCGUGGCUGUCCUCAUCAAGGUGAUUCUGGACAAAUACUACUUCCUCUGCGGGCAGCCUCUCCACGUCAUCCCAAGGAGGCAGGUGUGUGACGGCCAGCAGGACUGUGCCUCCGGAGAGGAUGAGCAGGUCUGUGUCAAGACCUUCUCCGAUGGGUCCCCAGUGGCAGUCCGCCUCUCCAGGGACCGAUCCACCCUGCAGGUGCUGGACUCGGCCACACAGAGCUGGGCCUCUGCCUGCUUCGACAACUUCACAGAAGCUCUGGCCAAGAUAGCCUGUAGGCAGAUGGGCUAUGACAGCAGCAAACCCACCUUCAGAGCUGUGGAGAUUGGCCCAGACCAAGAUCUGGAUGUUGUUGGAAUCACAGAGAACGGCCAGGAGCUUCAGGUGCAAAACCUAAGUGGACCCUGUCUCUCGGGCUCCCUGGUCUCCCUGCACUGCCUUGCCUGUGGGGAGAGCCUGAAAGCCCCUCGGGUGGUGGGCGGGGAGACGGCCUCUGUGGAUUCUUGGCCUUGGCAGGUCAGCAUCCAGUACAACAAACAACACGUCUGUGGAGGGAGCAUUCUGGACCCCCACUGGAUCCUCACGGCAGCCCACUGCUUCAGGAAGCAUCACGAUGUCUCCACCUGGAAGGUGAGGGCGGGCUCAAACAAACUGGGCAACUUCCCAUCCCUGCCUGUGGCCAGUAUCUUCGUCAUUGAGCUCAACACCACAUACCCCAAAGAGAAGGACAUUGCCCUCGUGAAGUUGCAGUUCCCACUCACAUUCUCCGACACAGUCAGGCCCAUCUGCCUGCCCUUUUCUGAUGAGGAGCUCACUCCAGCUACCCCACUCUGGGUUAUUGGAUGGGGCUUUACAGAGCAGGAUGGAGGAAAGAUGUCCGACACACUGCUGCAGGCGUCAGUCCAGGUCAUCGACCACACUCAGUGCAAUGCGGAGGAUGCCUACCAGGGGGACGUUACCGAGCAGAUGCUGUGCGCAGGCAUCCUGGAGGGCGGCGUGGACACCUGCCAGGGUGACAGCGGUGGGCCCCUGAUGUAUCACUCUGACCAGUGGCAAGUGGUGGGCAUCGUGAGCUGGGGCCAUGGCUGUGGGGGCCCCAGUACCCCAGGAGUAUACACCAAGGUCACAGCCUAUCUCAACUGGAUCUAUAGUGUCCGGAAGGCAGCACGCGGCAGUGCUGAGGGCGGAGAAACAAACGAAGCGCCCCCACAGCUGCGCGCCCCACAGCUGCUACAGGACCGCACGGGGGGGCCUGGCAACACCGAGACGGCGGAGGGGGGGGGGGAUUCCAGGCAGGUGGGCUCACCUUGCCAAGUCCCGGAGCAGAGCGAGCUUCACAGGCCGAACUCGGGAGACCCACAGACCGGCCCCUGGCGUCUUGGCUUCUCGGGGAGGCGAGCGCGAACACUGCCACCUACUUUGUCAUUCGUGGGCGAAGGCAAGGGUGUUCAAAGGGUGCCGCCUCGAGAGGGGAGCGAGAUCAGCCCUAGGCGAAGGGCCGCCCUGUCAGCCCCAGGAUUCUCCCCCGCCCAGAGCCUUUCCGGUGGGGCUUGCCGGCGUCACGUGGUCUCCGCCCACGCCGCCGUCAGUAUCCGCUGA